UUCUCUGUCAUCGAUUUAUCGAAACUUCAUCAGGAACAAACUGAACUCUGUUUCUGAUUAUUCUGAUUAUUAUUGAUUUAAAACACCCACGUGCGUUUUUCGUCAGUCUGAAUAAUCGUUUUGUUUUUUUUGUUUUUUAUCAUCAUGUGUUUUUUAAUGACGUUUUUCGUCCGUUUCAGCGAUGUCAGCUGACUUUGUGUUGUUUUAACGAGCCACGUUGCGCCCCUGUGCAGCACGUGUUCACUACGAUCAGGGCGCGCGCAGGGUAAGCGAAGACACGCACGCGCUGAUUGCUCAGGGCAACGCGAGGCACGAGACUUUGUCCUUUGGGUUUGGGUGGGGGGGCGUUGAGAGAGAGAGAGAGGGGGGGGGGAGAACCGGGACCGGUCCACCGACCGACCGACUUGACCUCUGACAAGCGGCGGAGAUGGAGUUCGAGGAGUCCGGUAUCGGGGAGGAGUGCGGGGUUUUCGGAUGCGUGGCUGCCGGAGAGUGGCCCACGCAGCUGGAGGUGGCUCAGGUCUUGACUCUGGGGCUUGUGGCGUUGCAGCACAGGGGUCAGGAAAGUGCUGGCAUUGUCACAUGUGAUGGAGCCGAUCCACCCACGUACACAGUCCACAAGGGAAUGGGAUUAGUCAACGCUGCUUUCUCACCCGAGGCUCUCCUGAAGCUGCGCUAUGGCAACCUCGGUAUUUGUCACACGCGCUAUUCAACCACGGGGAUCUCAGAGCUGCAGAACUGCCAGCCCUUUGUGGUGGAUACGCUGCACGGCAAGAUCGCCGUGGCUCACAACGGAGAGCUGGUUAAUGCUCAAGCUCUGCGGAAGAAGGUGAUGCGCCAUGGUGUAGGCCUCUCCACCAGCUCAGACAGUGAGCUCAUCACCCAACUACUGGCUUUGACUCCACCUAUGGAGGAGCUGGACGCACCAGACUGGGUUGCCAGAAUUAAAAAUCUGAUGACUGAGACGCCCACGUCGUACUCUCUGCUGGUGAUGUUCAAAGACGUCAUCUACGCGGUGCGCGACCCUUACGGAAAUCGUCCGCUCUCCAUUGGACGUGUUGUUCCCGUCUCUAAGCUGCACAGCUCAGGUGCCGGAGAGGAGGACACUGAGGGGUGGGUUGUGUCAUCGGAGUCUUGCAGUUUCCAGUCCAUCGGUGCAAAGUAUUACAGGGAAGUCUUACCAGGAGAGAUAGUCCAGAUAUCCAAACACGGAGUCAAGUCUCUGAGUGUUGUCCCUCGUCCUGAAGGAGACCUCCCUGCCUUCUGCAUAUUCGAAUAUGUUUACUUUGCAAGACCGGACUCUAUUUUUGAAGGGCAGAUGGUCUAUACCGUCAGGCAGCGCUGUGGGCGGCAGUUAGCCAUCGAGGCUCCGACGGACGCAGAUGUGGUCAGCACCGUGCCAGAGUCUGCGACUCCCGCUGCGCUGGGCUACGCUCAGCAGUCUGGCCUGCCGUACAUCGAGGUGCUUUGUAAGAACCGCUACGUCGGGAGAACUUUUAUUCAGCCAAACACCCGCUUGAGGCAGCUGGGAGUCGCUAAGAAGUUCGGGGCUUUGACGGACAACUUUGCUGGGAAACGAGUGGUGCUAAUCGACGACUCCAUCGUGAGGGGCAACACCAUCUCCCCCAUUAUAAAACUGCUGAAGGAAGCUGGUGCAACUGAGGUGCACAUCAGGGUUGCCUCUCCACCCAUCAGGUACCCUUGCUACAUGGGUAUUAAUAUUCCAACCAAGGAGGAGCUCAUCGCCAACAAGCCAGAGUUUCAAGACAUUGCUGGAUACAUUGGUGCUGACAGCGUCCAGUAUCUGACUGUGGAGGGCCUGGUAUCAGCUGUCCAGGAGGGCAUCGCCUCCCUCCAGAAGGACAAGAUGAUCAGCUCCAGUAACACGUCUGGAGGAAGAGUGGGCCACUGCACUGCCUGCUUGACUGGGAAAUAUCCAGUGGACUGCCUGCUUGACUGGGAAAUAUCCAGUGGAGCUGGAGUGGUAACUGGUGCAGCAACGCCAUGA